AUGGAAGCAAGGAAUCGCAAACAACGUCGUGCGGCUGCCUCAUCCUCCAAUAAAGAUGAGCCCGAAAUCACCUACGCCCAACCCCCACGCAACGGCCCAACCAAAAACAAAGCGACCGUCGAGAAAACCCUAUAUGAUAUCAUUGCAGAGAGACAAAAAGGCCUCAAUCAAUCGAACCCCUCUUCAACAAUACCAGAAGGAGCCAAAAUAAUACCUGAACGGCGACAUCAGCAACCAUCUAUCCGCCCAUGCUCCCCAAAGAAAGGCCGCAAAUCCGCAGGCGGCACCGCGACGACCACCAAAGAUGAUGAAUCCGAAGUUAUUAUCGACAAGCCGCUCCCUCCAUUCCUCGACACAAUCCUCCUCUCCCUCCCGCUCACAACACUUCACCUCACGCUCGGCUACAUAGCAGCCCAUCAAUACGCUGAAAGCAUAGACCUACCCAAACUCUUCAAGGAUUCUGUCACAACUGCGUUUCCACUGCUCACUUUGUUCGUUCACCUCGCCCACGGCCAUAUCAUCUCUUUCAAAUCAAAGCCAAGCUCCAAGACAGAGGCCGAGCCAUCUCUCUUCCCAUUGACAAGUGACAAACUUACCUUUUCAUUCUUCCGAAAAUUGGUUUUCCCGCCUGCGCUACGGACUUUUGUUUUCCUUCCCGUGGCUGUCGUGCUAGGCGCCCAUCUUAUCGCGAUCACGAAUGGGGAGCCGUAUUAUGCUAUUAUGAAGAAAGCACCUGCUGUUGGCACUAUUUGGAUCUGGUCAAUCCUGGAGUUAUCAUUUGGAGCUGCUGUUAUUGGCGCGUUAGGGCCUUUGGCUUGGGGGGUCUGGUGGAUGGGGUAUGGGAUUUUCUAA